CAAAAACUCAAAAAUUUAACCAAACAAAGAGAUAAAAAAGAAUAAAUAAAAAUGGAUGGAUUCAUUUUAUGUUAUCUCUGAUAGCAGCAGCAGCAAGUAUAUUGAAGCUUUCCUUCCUAAUUAAUUAGGCUUUUUUGAUGAGCACAUACAUUUGAUUGAUGUCAUUAGGGUGUAAUUGGCUCCUGUUUAGAAGCUAGGGUUGUCCGCUGUUCGGCUUUUACGAGUUAUGAUGUUAAGUUCACCAAUUUUGGGCUCUAGUCCUCCUCCUCGAUGCUUCUUCUUCAACUCUUGGGUUACAACAAAAACAAAAGCACUCUACUUUUUAAUUCCUAGAAAAACUACUACUUGCGUUGCUGUUGGGGUUAAUAUAAGCAAAGAGCUUCGUGUUAUCAAAGUGAUUGACGACGACGACGACGAUGAUGAUAAAGUGGAACGUGGUCUCAAAGAAGAUGAUUCGAAUUUGGAUUGGGAACAGGAAUUUCUAGGAGAGGUCGAUCGUUCCACCGCCCCUAAUAAUAAAAAAGAACAAUCGGAUUUCCUUGAAGAAACUACCAACUCUACGGAUUGGUGUUUAAGAGCUAGGAAGUCUGCUCUCAGGUCUAUUCAUACCAGAGGUUUGGCCACUACCAUGGAGCAUCUCGUCACCGGCAACAAGAAGACCAAAAGGAAAAAGAAAAAGAAGAACAAACAGGCUGCUAUUGUUAAGAGUAAGAAGGCCCCCACUUCUGAUGAAGAGCAAGAUGUUGAACUUAAUAUUGAGAACCUUUUAAAUGACAAUGAUGAUGAUGAUGAUGAUGAUCACCAACUUAAAAAAAGUGCUGUUGGUAUGAUGGCAGCCGACAUGUUCAAAGAAAGGAAGGAGAAAAACAUGGAAGCAUUUGUUGAGAAACUUUCCCGAGUCUCUGUGGGUCCAUCUGACCGUAGAAAAGAAAUCAAUCUCAACAGAGAAAUAGUGGAAGCUCAGACUGCAGAUCAAGUAUUGGAGGUGACGUCUGAUAUGAUAAUGGCUGUUGGAAAAGGAUUAAGUCCUUCACCUUUAUCUCCAAUAAACCUUGCCACGGCAAUUCACCGUAUUGCAAAGAAUAUGGAAAAAGUUGCAAUGAACAGAAGUCACAGACUUGCAUUCGCGAGACGCAGAGAGAUGUGUAUGCUUGUAGGUAUGGCCAUGAUGUCUCUUCCAGAAUGCUCUGCCCAAGGUAUCUCAAAUAUCGCUUGGGCCCUGUCCAAGAUAGGAGGUGAGCUUCUCUAUCUGUCCGAGUUGGAUAGAGUGGCAGAGGUGGGGUUAACCAAGGUUACCGAAUUCAAUUCACAGAACGUUGCUAAUAUUGCUGGUGCUUUUGCCUCUAUGCAGCAUGCGGCCCCAGAGCUCUUUUCGGAACUAUCAAAAAGAGCUUCGGAUAUUGUUCACACUUUUCAGGCACAGGAACUUGCUCAGUUGCUUUGGGCCUAUGCCUCUCUGUAUGAGCCUGCAGACUCAUUAUUUGCAUCUCUUGAUGAUGUUUACAAGGAUGCCAUUCAAUUUAGGUGUAGCUGCUUGGACGGGAAAUCAUCAAAUUCCGUUUCAGGAAAUGUCGAGACUUUAGAAGUUGAAGGCGUUCCUGUUCUUGAUUUCAACAGAGACCAGCUUGGAAACAUAUCUUGGUCUUGCGCUGUUCUUGGCCAAAUGAACCGGACCUUCUUUUUCCGUAUCUGGGAAACCCUGAAGCAUUUUGAGGAGCAACAAAUUUCAGAGCAGUAUAGAGAGGAUGUAAUGUUUGCUACUCAGGUUCAGCUUGUGAACCAGUGUCUGAAGCUUGAGUGUCCCCAUCUGUCAUUGUCUCUUAGGAGUGACAUCGAGGACAAAAUCAUCCGUGCAGGAAGAACUACACGUUUCAAUCAAAAGAUCACCUCUUCAUUUCAGAAGGAAGUCGGCCGCCUUCUUGUUGGCACUGGUCUUGAUUGGACAAAAGAAUACAUUGUGGAUGGGUACACCUUGGAUGCUGCUUUGGUUGAUAAAAAAGUUGCAUUGGAGAUUGAUGGACCCACACAUUUCUCAAGAAAUUCAGGAAACCCCUUAGGACAUACAGUGUUGAAACGACGCUACCUUGAAGCUGCUGGUUGGAAGCUUGUAUCGGUUUCUCACCAAAAGUGGGAGGAACUACAAGGGAGUCAUGAACAACUCGACUACCUACGAGAAAUUAUUCAAGACCACGCCAGUAAUGAAACUGCAGGAGCUGCAACGGGUUGAGCCAGCAUAUAUAUCACUCAACACUUAUUUGAUGCUACUCAAAACCAAUCUUGGUAAUGGUAGGUAAUUCACAUUCACACAACAUUCUAAAUUACAAGCAAGCUACAGAUAGCACACACUUACACCAUGUCCACCAUGUGAAUGUUGUUUAGUUGUUACUCGUCUAAUUAAUUGGUUGAAGUAUGCAAUGUAAAAGGUGUUGACCACUUUGUGUAUAUAAUUCAUUUCUCAUAUGGGAAACCUAAUACAUAUGUUACUGCAUUGUUAUUGGUA